GCUGAACAAAAGUGAAAUCAAAACAAAAUUUGAGAUUCCAAACGAAAAUUUCGUCGGAAAUAGUUUUCACAUUAUCGCCUAUCCGUAGCCGAUGAAACCGAAAAAAUGAGUGACCUGGUUAAAUUGGACGACGUUUGCCGCACCUGCAUGAAGAAUUCCAGUGAGAUGCGAUCCAUAUUCGGCGCUUUUGAGCAAACAACAAUCGACCGAGUAGUGAGCGAAUGCACUGGAGUGAUGAUCACCCAAGACACCCAUCUACCGGAUCAGAUCUGUAAAAGUUGUAUCCGUUCCCUGAAAGAAUACGUGAAGUUUAUCAAAACUACCCGGUCAGUGGAUAAGAAGUUGCGAAACCUUCUGAAAUCAGCUUUCGUUGGACAGAAAUGCUCCAAACUGCAAGUGCUGGUUAAAAAUAUUCAACCAAAUCCUCCGAGCACUGAAAUUAUCGAAAUAAAGCAAGAAUCAGAGCAUGACUUCUCUGACGAAGGUGGUCAUUUCGCCGGAGAAGAUGAUUCCAAUUCUGGGUUCAAGGAGCCCGAUUUCAAUAAUAGCCAUUCAGAACCAGAAACCUUAUAUCAACUGGCAAAAGAAGAACCAGCGCUAGAAGAUGUAUGCCCACCUUCCGUUGAACCAGCAGAGGUCAAAGUUAAAAAACGUGGACGUCCAAGAAAAUGUGAAACUAUGCAUACAAAUUCCUCAUCUGCAACUUCAAAACCAAUCAGAAAAAGGAAAGAAAAGGAUUCAGAUAAUAACCCUAGUGAAUGGAAACAAAGAAAAAGAGCGCCAUCGACCGAUUCAUUGGACGAUGUGGAACGAGAAUUUUUCAAGCCAGUCACAAAAGCUGCCGGUGAAAUAACAUGCUGUAAAUGUUUGCGAUUUUUUAAGAAUACAAACGAGCUAACAGCGCAUGCAAGAAGCGUUCACCCACUAGACAAAUCUCAAUCGAAUCGUCCCUAUCGGUGUGAAAUUUGUUCGAAAGGCUAUCUUAACUUUCGAGGUGUUGAAGUUCACCGGGAGAAAAUUGAAAACGAAUACUGUAUCUUCGAGUGCCAAUCGUGCGGAGAGCGAUUUAUCAAUCGACAGCACCGGAAAACGCAUGCCCAUAAGCAUCGCAGCAAAGGUUUUGAAAUUUCUGAAGAGCAGCUCCGAGAGCUCGGUUUCCUGUGCUGUAGUAUAAUGUGCAGCAAAUCUUACGAGACUGAAGCAGAGCUUCUGGUGCAUGCAGAGCAGAUUCACGGAUAUCACAAAAUUGAAGUUGGAUUAAAUCAACAGAACGCAGACCGGAACUUCCAGUGUAAUGUUUGUUUCAAACAAUUCAUGACGGAGGAAAGUCUUCUAAGGCAUCGUGCUCGGAAGUAUCGGCCUAAGCAACAUAUUUGUAUGGUAUGUGGCGAGAAAUUUGUCGGUCGUCACGAGCUAGUCGAUCAUGAAAAAACUCACAACGAUAAGAAGGAAUUCAAAUGCGAAACGUGUCAAAAGGAAUUCCAUACCAAAAUGCAAUACUCCGAUCAUCUCAGAAGGCAUCAAGCUGGAAAGUACGCUUGCGAUCAGUGUGGUAAAACCUUCAAACAGUCAAAUUCACUCAAGGCUCAUCUGUUGAUGCAUGCCGGCCAGACUCCGUUCGUAUGCGAGGUUUGCAAUAAAGGAUUCGUUAGAAAGUUUAAACUAAUCUAUCACAUGAGAACACACACCGGGGAGAAACCUUACGUGUGCAAGUUCUGUGGACAUGCUUUUGCUGAUCAUACAAACCAUAAAAGGCACGAAAUGACCCACAUGAAGGAUGAUCUUGUGUUCGACAGUACUUUAGCGUCCCGGUUUACUUAAGUUCUAUGUUCCUUACGUUUACACUGAAUAUUAUAUUUUAUUUUCAAAAGAAUC